AUGAAGUGGAAACUGGCCUCCAUUUUGGCUCUGUUGCUGUGCCUCUCUCAAAUCCUGGCUCAAGGGGACCUGUCCAGUGCGGAGGAUAUAUCGGGAUUUCUGCUGGAGGGAGAUGUGGCCAUACCGACUGGCAGGAAUGCCAAGAAGUGCUGCAGAAACUGCAAGUGGCCGAAGUUACCGUCUGGACUUGUGGAAGUGCCAUACAAAAUUGAUGACGACUUCUCUGUCAAGCAGAAGGAUGAUAUUGAGGAGGCCAUGAAGGAAUAUCAUGGCAAGACUUGCAUUCGUUUUGUUCCUCGCGACAAACAAGGAGACUUCAUCCAUAUCAAGGAUUCUACUGGGUGCUGGUCGCGGGUUGGAAGGAGUGGUGGCGGACAGCCCUUAUCUUUGAGCCGGCCCGGCUGCGUCUGGAAAUCGGUCAUUCAGCACGAGCUUCUUCAUGCCCUCGGCUUCUACCAUGAGCAAAGCAGGAGUGAUCGGGACAAGUACAUCCGAAUCAACUGGGAGUACAUCACCAAAGGUAAAGCUUACAACUUUAAGAAGGCGAACACUAAUAACCUGAACACAGCGUAUGACUACGGCUCCAUCAUGCAUUACAACAGAUAUGGUUUUUCAAACACCACCGGUAAGGAAACCAUGACUCCAAUUCCUAACCCCGAUGUGAAGUUGGGAGGGGACAUCCUAACGGUGACAGACAUUUUGAAGGUCAACAGAUUGUAUCAGUGUGCUGCGACAGCAGACAGUUACGUCAAGCUGAAGCCCAACCUGACCGGGGAAAUCAAUGUGGCCAGCGUGUGUCUCAGAUACUUCUCCGAUAUCCCCUCAAGCAACAGAGAGCAAACCUUCUUCUCAUUGGCAACCCAUUCCCACAGCAAUGGUUUCCUGGUCUGCAAGCUGGGACUCAACCGGCACCAGUUGUACAUCGGAAGCGCCAAGGUGGACUUCUGGGGCCUCCCGGAUGAGCAGAACCAGUGGAAUUCCUUCUGCUCCACGUGGGACUCCAAGACAGGCCUGGCCCAGGUAUGGCUGAACGGUAAACCCAGUGUCAGGAAGUCCCUCUUCAAGGGUGGUUCUCUAACGGGAGAGCCGAGCAUCGUGCUCGGUCAAGACCAGGAUAAGUACGGCGGUCAGUUCAACUCCAAAGAUGCGCUUAUCGGCCAGCUCACAGACGUGCACAUGUGGGACCAUGUGAUCUCCCCAAGUGAGAUCAAACAGUUUUCAGAGAACAAAUACCUGAAGGGUGGGAAUGUUAUCAACUGGAAAGCACUGGAUUAUGCCAAAUAUGGAGAUGUGAUCGAGGAGAGGAUGAUAAUGAGGACUGGCCAGAAGACAAAAGCAGCAAUUCACUGA